AUGGAGAUGGAGGACGAGUUGGUCCCCGAGGAGCAGCCUGCUGAGGCUCCUGUUCUCCCAGAUGAUCAGAUUCCUGUUAUGCCUGUUGAUCAUCAGCCCGCUCCAGUCGUUCCAGAGGCCAUUCUUGCCCUUGACCCUGUUCUUGUCAUUGAUGCACCUGCCGUUGCACCACCAGCCGUUGAGACCCCAGAGGUAGCACCCAUACCCGAUCCCAUAACGAUUUUUGAUGACCUGGCACCGUUUGCUACCCACAUUGACCCGAGAUACGCUAACACCAACAAUGGGUGGAUUGAGGAGGAUGACUACCCUCCGUAUAUGGUCCCAGUCACUCCCACUACCGUACCUGUUACUGCACCACUCGAUAUUCCGGUGUUUCCUCCACCCACUUCUGAUGCCCCUCGUACCGAUCUUCUGAUUACUUUUCUUCAGGACAUUCCUUCGCCACGACCUGGGGAGGGAUCGUCGAGUCAGCCUUUCGGCCACACACCAUUUAUGACAGGAGAUAGCCAGUUUAUACCACCGACUCCUUAUCAUAGUUUUGUUCCACCCGUGUCAGCUACUACACCCUUCAUGUCUCAGUAUCCCCAUACUACUUCACCAAUUACGUUUACCCCACCCAUUACACAUCCGGUUUCAGCCCCGAUGGGUGAGCCAUUUCUAUGGUCAUCACCCCAUGUUAUGCCAGUAUCCGACCCCUAUCAUCCAUUUCAUGUCGGAUACUCCAUAGAGGACACGCUCACGUCACUGCAGUUACAGCAGGAUGCCUUAAGACGAUAUGUCCAGGAGUUAGGGAGAACUCCACAUCCUCCAUGCCCCUGCCAGACUCUGUCUACAGCACCUCACACUCCUUUUGCAUCAUCCCAUGAUUCAGAUAUUUGUUUCCUUCCUCUUGACCAACAGGUUGCUUACGUGUUGCGUUUCGCUUAUGCUCUUGAGGAGGACUUGGUGCAGUUGCGCCGAUUGUUUUUCUCUCGCUUUCCACCUCCUCCGCCGCCAUCGGCAUAG